GACCGCACCGGCCGCCUACGCUUCCACAGUAGUCCCACUUGGAUGGUCGUCCGGCGAGGACCGCCCCCGCCCCUAGUCUGAGCUUGUCGCACCCUGGCCUGACGACCGUCGCACGCCACCGCUUCUAGGCGAGCACAAAGAUGGCCAGCUGGACUAACGUCGUGGGUGAUCCAGUGCAGUUCCCGACGCCCCCCGGAGCGGCCAACGGCAAGCUCGGUGCUGCCAUGCCGGUGCUGGCGUCCAACGGCAAGCCGGCGUUCGGCAACGCCACGUCUUCCCCGUCCAGGCUGGUCGUCGACGUCCGAGGACUGCGCGUCUCCUACGGCCGCGGCAAGAGCGCAGUCCAGACGCUCAUGGGCAUCGACCUCAGCCUGCCCGAGGGCAAGAUAUACGGACUGCUUGGACCGAGUGGCUGCGGCAAGACCACUCUCCUACGAUGCAUUGUAGGUCGGUUAAAACCCCGGCAAGGCAGCGUUCACGUGUUCGGCCACAAGCCGGGCCAGCCGGGCAGCUACAUACCUGGGCCCGGCGUGGGCUACAUGCCACAGGAGCUGACUCUCUACCCGGAGUUCUCCAUAAUCGAGACGCUCACAUACUUCGGCCGGCUGUUCAGGAUAAGAAGGGACGUGCUCAAAGAGCGCACCGCUUUUCUCGUGCGCUUCCUCGGACUGCCCGAAAAGACCCGGCUGGUGAAGAACCUUAGCGGCGGACAGAAGCGACGAGUCAGCCUUGCGGCCGCCCUGAUUCACCGGCCACCGCUGCUCAUACUGGACGAGCCGACGGUGGGCGUGGACCCCCUGCUGAGGCAGAGCAUAUGGCACUACCUGGUCACCCUGACGCACCGCGAGUCCAUCAGUGUCAUCAUCACGACUCACUACAUCGAGGAGGCCCGGCUGGCGAACCUCGUGGGUCUCAUGCGUCAGGGUCGAAUCCUUGCACAGGCGGUGCCCGACGACCUGAUGAAGCAGCACGGCAUGCUGACGCUCGAGGACGUCUUCCUCAAGCUGUGCAUGGCCGACAACAACAAUCACCACAACCACAACGGCGGACACGCCAUCCAGCAGCAGCAGGCCGAGAACGGUGACGUCCCGGCCCCGCCUUCAGUUGAGACUGCCAAUGGCAAGACGCUGGCGAACAUCGCUGCGAGCAAAGAGACCCUGACCUCCAACUCAAUGACCCACCUGGUGCAACGCAACAGUGCCAGCGUGGAACAGCUGCCCGCGAUGACGGCGCAGGAGUUAAGCGACAAGCACGCUGUGCGAAAGAAGGAGCCCUUCCUGGAUGCCUGGUUCCGGACGUGGGCGCUCGUGGCAAAGUCCCUGACCAGGCUGCACAGGAACUUGCCAGUUCUUCUGUUCACCUUCCUGGUUCCGUCCGUGCAAGUGGUUCUGUUCUGCCUGUGCAUCGGGUCCGACCCGUUCGAGCUGCAGGUGGCCGUGGUCAACCAGGAGCCGCACCCGCUACUCUCGGUCGCCUUCUUGCAGCGGAUAGACAACACCACACUCAGUCAGAUUCAUUACCGCGACCUGGACUCGGCGCUGAACGCGGUUCGCGCCGGAAGUGCGUGGGGUGCCAUCGCCAUUGGGGCCAACUUCUCGGCGGCGCUGCACUACCGCUUCUUCCUCGGGGUGAACGCCGACAACCGCACCAUCGAGGACAGCAGCAUCAACAUCUACCUGGACAUGACCAAUCAACAAAUCGGGUACACGCUGCAGAAGGCAAUCUUAGAGGCGUUCAGCUCUUUCUCGGCUGACAUCCUGAAAAAGAUGAACAAGAAUCCCGCCCUCGCCCAACUACCAGUAGUGAUCAAAGCCCCCAUCUACGGCGUGGACAAGCCUAGCUUCACAGAAUUCAUGGCCCCUGGAAUCAUCAUCAGCAUCACUUACAUCAUGGCCGUGGGCCUCACUGCCAUCUCCAUCGUUUCCGAGCAGAAGGAGGGCCUUCUCGAGAGGAGCUGGGUGGCCGGCGUGCGUCCGUUCGAGGUGAUCCUGGCGCACGUGAUCUGCCAGUUCCUGGUGAUGUUCGUGCAAGUGGCCGGCCUGCUGGUCUUCACUUUUCUCGUGUUCGAGAUCCCGUCACGGGGCCCCUUCGUGUGGGUCGUGCUGCUCACGCUGCUGCAGGGCUGCUGCGGCAUGGUCUACGGCCUCGUCAUAUCCUCCAUGUGCGUCGAGGAGAACUCUGCCAUCAUGCUCGCCCUCGGGUCUUUCUACCCGAACCUGCUGCUCAGCGGUGUGGUUUGGCCGACGCAGGCGAUGCCGUAUUACAUGCGCUACCUGAGCUACGGCCUGCCGCAGACCAUCCCGACCGAGUCUCUUCGCUGCAUCCUCUCUCGCGGCUGGGGCAUCGCUCACACCGAAGUCUGGCUCGGCUUCGUCGUCUCCGGUGCCUGGUGCGCCGUCUUCCUCAUCUUCGCCGCGGUCGCCUUCCGACUACGAAGCUAGCCUACACCUGCUCUUACUUGUACAUACGCGCUCUGUUUUAAAGACUAUUGACGGCAUGCAAUAUUAAAAUGGCGCUGCGCGAUCACCCUUACA